AGGGUGUUUGAAAUGCUGGUCAGAGUAUAGUGAAGAGACGAGGAGUCAGCUCAGGAGUUAGGAAGAAAAGCAUUCCCUUUAGCCAAGCUUAAGAUCUACUUCAGUGAACAGGUGAAGUCCUUUGUGGCUUCACAGGAAUUCACUGCACAGGAAGAUUCUAAACAUUCACCAGCAUCUUUGAGAGGGGAGCACACCUCAUCACAGAGAGGACAUUACAUGUCAGGAUACACAAAGAUGGAAGCCAGAAGUAACUCCCAUCUCCUGGUAUCACUGAUGUUUCUUAGUGUCUUCUGCUCACAAACACUGGCAUUACCUCUUGAAACAUAUUCUGCCAUGAGUAGGCUUGGCAAUGGUAUGCUGUUUGAUGGCCCUAAUGAACCUGAUCAAAAUCUAGGUUUAUUAAAUAUGGAAAAUGAUCAUCUGGAAAGUUCAUUACCUGAAAAUUACUUGUCUUUUUUGGAUGCUCCCCGAGUGUUGAACAGAAAUAGGAGACAUGUUAAGGGGAUGUACACCAGUGAUGUUAGCAAAUACUUGGAGGAACUUGCUGCUAGACAAUUCAUUAAAUAUCUUAUUGAAAAAGGAGAUAGCAAGCUCCGUAUGCUAGAAAAGCGUCACUCUGAUUGUUUCACUGACAGUUACAGCCAAUUCCUGAGGAAGGAGGCAUUGAAGAAAUAUUUAGAAAAAAUUCUGAAUGGAAAGAGAAGUGAAGAAGAUAAUCCCAACCUGGAACCUUGAAAGUGAUGCUCUAGAAGUAGAGCUGAUGCAUUGCUUCCUAAUGAAUUCUUGAAAGAAAUCCAUGAUGAACAAAUUGACAAUUUUUUGAGUUCUACGUAAAUCUAUCAAAGAAACAUCUUCAAUAUCAAAACCAAAAUAAAUAUAUGUUGUAGUGAAAGUUGUGAUUGUUUGCUUCUCAUGUAAUAAAAGUGAUGUUUACACUGUAAAUAUCAUUUUAGAGAUCUUUGCCUAAAUCUUAUAUUCGAAUCAGUAAAACCUUAUAGCUUCAUAUGUUAUGUAUCCUUUCUUUUAAUAAAUGCAUUGAAAAAAGAAGUGCACACUGGUUUUCAAUAUUCCUUUUUUCCUGGCUUUUUAGAAGUAUGGUAAGAGAAAAAAAAUCAUAAGAAACUGUGCUAUGAGGUUCUGCUUACUAUCCAUAAUUUGUAAACAUAAGUAAGAAAAGUAAUGUAUGCCCUCAUGUUCAUGGAACCUAGCAUCUUUUUGUUUUUUGGAUUUUUUUUUUACUCCAGCUCUUAAAGAGAGCCUUCAUUAGAGCAUCAUUAGAAACUAUCCACAUUUAGCUUUACAAUUUCCAAAGCAUGCAUAUGCAUUGGAAUAGAUUCACUUUUGAUUUAGGGACUUGAUUCUGUGGAUGUUGUUCUGGUGCAUGUAACUCUCAUUGGAUUCUGGGUUUGGGGAGGUAUGCAAUGACUUUGGGAUAGACAGGCUUAUUGUUCUAAAGGAGCAAAGCUUUUCUCCAUUGACUCUCAUUAUAAAUCUCCAGUGACAUUAACAGUCUCAUAGAGAAGGUGGAUCCAGAGACACAAUUUUUUUUCCCGCAAAUGAAUGUAACUAAUGAA